AUGCGAUUCAAUCACAUCCUCAUCCCAUUCGCUGCUUCUCUAGCUAGAGCACUAGCAGCUACGCAAAUGCCGCUAGCUGAUCCCAGCUUAAGCAUCAAUGGAGUAUCGUUCGAAGUCCGAGCUCAUUGGAUGCGUCUCGCAAACCAGGUAUUUAAUGAAUUAAGCGGUUCACCCUGCCCCUUUGCGGCCUUUGGGACAGUGAUCGUGAACCACACGGACUCGAAUACGGGCGAGCUUAUCUGUAUGGGGGUCAAUCAGAACGGAAAAACUGGAAACCCCUCAUUACACGGCGAAAUCGCAGCAAUUGGCAAUUGCACAAGCAUUCUAACUGACCCCCAUGGCAAAUUCCGUCUUACUGCUACUGAAGCGCAGGCGGCAUUUGCCGAUCUAUCUAUAUAUACGAACGCCGAGAGUUGCCCAAUGUGCGCUUCUGCCAUUCGGUGGGCUGGAUUUCGCGAGUAUAUCUAUGGAACGUCGAUUGCAAAGCUCAUCGAGAAAGGCUGGGGACAGAUACGCAUUGCCUCUGUGGAUGUUUUUGAAGCCUCUUUCGAUCUUCCGUAUUCGUCACGAUUGAUUGGUGGUGUUCUUACCAAUGAGACGGAUCCUUAUUUCUUUUGGCAGUACGAUCGGACAUAUCCUUGUCCCCAGGGGUGCAUACGAAGCAAGAGUGGAAAUAGUUGUGAAGUGAGCUCCAAGUAA